CUCAAAUCACCAAAUGAGUCCCAAGCCCGCCCCCAAAAAGGAACAAGAAUCGGGUUCUGGAUCUCAAAAUGCAGACUUGGCAACCACCUCAACUGGAGGAGCAACACUUCUCAUCGCCCUCCAAGUCGGUUCCCGCGCCCUAACAUUCAUCGUCAACCAGAUUCUGCUGCGAUUCCUCUCCCCUUCCAUACUAGGGAUCUCAACACAAUUAGAAGUCUACUCCAUCUCCGUUCUUUUCUUCGCACGCGAAAGUUUGCGUGUGGCGAUUCAGCGACAAUCUGAUGUAUCCGAGGUCCCUGAUGCAGACGCAUUAUCAGACGAAAAUGAGAAGGCGAAGCCAAAGCAGAAGUCAUCCUCCAAAAAAAGGGGGUUAAAAGAAAAACAGAAACAGAAAGUCGCGGAGAAGAAAGAAGACAAACCACUUGGGAUUUCCGCUGAAACGCCAGCUGGAAAAGCACAGGCAAUUGUGAAUCUUUCUUACCUCUCGAUAUACGCGGGGAUUGGGUUCGCCAUCCUACUAGGAAUGCUUUACCUCCGUGCUACCACUUCAGAUAUCUCAAUCCAAGAAACACCCUUUUUUGACGCCGCUUUGAAGAUUUAUGGUGUUUCAGCUAUCCUGGAAUUACUCUCUGAACCAUGUUUUGUGGUUGUGCAACAUAAAUCUAUGUAUAAGAUUCGUGCUAGAGCAGAAGCUGUAGCUACGUUAUUGAGAUGCUUGGCUUGCUGCGGGACAUCUAUAUGGGCCUCGCAGGUGCGUCCUUCUCUAAUACCUUAUUACAGUAUUCAUGUACUGAUCUUUUCCAGUCCAACCUCGACCUUGGCGUUCUCCCCUUCGCAAUAGGACAAGCUGUCUACUCAGUAAUGCUCACCCUAGUUUACUACGCCAGCACCAGCUCCCUCGCUAAAGCAUCUGGAUUCUCACUCUCGCUAACGCCACUAUACACAAGGUAACCACCCCCUACCAAACUCAAGUUCCCUCACUCCAACCCCCAAUCCUCACUACAGACCUAACACAUACCAGCAACCCCGCCAACAUAAUCAUCCUCACCCUCUGGCCCGACACCCUCCUCCACUUAGCAUGGAACUUCUUCACACAAUCAAUCCUAAAGCACCUCCUCACCCAAGGCGACACCUUACUAAUCUCCCUCUUCUCCUCCCCCACCGCCCAAGGAACCUACGCACUAGCAAACAACUACGGCGGCCUCCUCGCCCGUCUCCUCCUCCAACCCAUCGAAGAAUCAAGCCGUUCCUACUUCGGCCGUCUCCUCUCUUCCACUUCCCCAUCCGACCCCUCAUCCCCCCAAUCCACCCCCCCAAAAGAAAAAGUGAUAGCAGCAAAACAAAGCCUCAACACCCUCCUACGGGGGUACACCCUCCUCUCCAUCACAGCCGUAACCCUCGGGCCCGUCCUCGCCCCCCAACUCCUACACCUCAUCCUCGGCACCCACUGGUCACACACCGGUGCCGGCGCCGUCCUCUCGGUGUACUGCUACUACAUCCCCCUCCUCUCACUGAACGGGAUCACCGAAGCAUUCGUCUCAGCCGUUGCCACGGAGGGGGAGGUCAACACGCAAUCCGGGUUCUUCAUCGUCUUCUCGUGCGCGUUCGCGGCGUCCUCGUAUCUGUUUUUGAAGGUACUGGGGAUGGGUGGGGAGGGACUGGUGUGGGCGAAUUGUAUCAAUAUGGCGCUGAGGAUUGGGUGGAGUUCAGUUUUUAUCAAGCGGUUUAUGGAGAGGGGCGGUGUGCAGUGGGAUUUGAGGGGUUUGUUACCCGGGGGAGGGGCUGUGGCUGGUGGUGUGGUUACGUGGGGGGUGUUGUAUCAGGUUUCCGGGACGUUUACGGGGGGUGUGAUGGAUUUGGUGAAGAGUGGUGGGGUGGCGGUGGUGUUUGUUGGGAGUUUGUGA